AUGGCAAAAUUUAUCGAUUAUUUAGUUGAUACUGGCAUUAUUACUAAUAAUUAAUAAAUAUCAACUAACAAUAUGAUGUUUUAAUUAUCAGAUUAUUUGAAAAAUCUCACAGCUUCAGAUUCAUUUGAUAUGGCCAACAGAAUAUAUGAUUGUUGGAAAUUAAAAUUAAAGCAAAAAUAAAAUCCAACAUCCUUAAUUAAGAUAUUAACAAAACUAGCUUUAUAAAAACCAUUUAGAAUAUUGAAUUCUUAAAAAAUAUUAAAUAGUCCCUAGUAAUUGAGAAAUUCAUAAAAGUCAUUAAGUUAACAAUAGCUUUAAUAUUAAUCUCCUGUAGAUAAAUUCAAACUUAGUUAAAUGGGUUUUAAUGAUACAUGUGAGAGAUUAUAUUAAGAUGGAAUAGCUUAGAAAGUAAAAAAGUAAAAUUAUACUAACUGACAUAGAGAAUAAUUUGAACAAGAGAAAUGUAAAUAAGAAUUAAGAGAUUGUACGUUUAAACCUUAAAUAUCAGCAGAAAGACUUGGUAAUAAUGACACUGAAGUUUUUGAUCGUUUAUAUAAAAGUCAACUUGCUUGUAAAAAUGAUUUUUCAGAAGUAAAACAAAAAUAAGAAAUUGUUUAAUGUACAUUUACACCUUAGAUUAAUAAAUAAUCAUCAAUUUCUAAUUAUUAACCUAUAGAAUAAAUCUUUGAUAGAUUAUAUUAAGAAUCGAUAAAUAGAAAUAAUAUGAAAUUAAGUUUAGCUCCAACUAGAGAAGAAAGAGAACUUUAGUAAUGUAGUUUUAGGCCAUAAAUAUCCUAAAGAUAAUUGAAUAGAAGUGGUGACGAUAGUAAUAAAUAAUAACAACUUAAUUAGUUUUUGUGAGAUUACAUAAUGAAUCAGCUGAGAAAUAAUAAAUAAAAGCCUUUUAAAAACUUGAAUCAGAAACAAAAGAAUUAGAAAGUUGUACAUUUAAACCUAAAAUUAAUACUCAUACUAAUUUUUCUCCUAGUUCUUAACCUGCCUUUGAUAGAUUAUAUAUGUUAUCAUCUAAAUCUAAAUAAACAGGAUUGGAUGACAGUUAAAAAAGAUAAAAGACAAAUCCUAAAAAUAUUGGAACAAAUGAGUCUCUUUAUGAAAGAAUGAAAAAUCAUGUAAAUAAAAGGAAACGAACUCUAAAUUUAAUACAAUAAGAAUAUGAUAAAGAGUUAACAUUUAAACCUAAUCUUAAUUUAAGAUAAGGAAAUUUAUAAAGUAGAUUAGAAAGUAGGAAUUAAUCUGUUAUUUCGGUAAAAUCAGAGACAAAAAUAAGAUAAAACCUCAAUUAAUCAUCAUAAUUAUCAUCAAUUAAGUUGUAAAAUACAAGAAAAUCAUAAUAAGAUAAGGAGAAUGAUAAUUUAACUAUGUUUACUGAAACUGCACAUUUUAAAAACGAUUAGAAGCAAAAAAAUAGUAUUUUAGAUUUAAAACUAUGA